AUGGAAAACGAGAAGAAAGAAGAUGGUAAACAAGCAAUUGUUACAGAAUUUGAAGUUUCAAUGCAUUGCAAUGCAUGUGAAAGAACCGUCGCCAAAGUCAUUGCCAAAUUUAAAGGUGUGGAUAAAUUUACGACGGAUAUAAACAAAAACAAAGUUGUAGUUACGGGCAACAUUGAUCCACAAAAGGUUUUGAAAAAAUUAAGGAAGAAAACAGGAAAGAAAGUAGAAAUUGUGGGCAAAGUAGAAGAAACGGAAAAGGAAAAGGACAAAAAUAGUGACGUUCGUGCAAUGUAUGAAAAUUCGUCACUGUUAGAUAAAGAAGCCUUUAUGAUGUUUAGCGACGAAAAUCCAAAUGCAUGCUCAAUCAUGUAA